AUGUCUUCAUCAUCGCUCGUCUGCCUCACCCUUCUCCUCGUAAGCUUCACUAUCUCGGAAGCAAGAGACUUCUUGGUCGGGGGCGACGACCAGGCCUGGAGAGUCCCACCCACCACCAACGACUCCCUCAACCGGUGGGCCGAGAAGAAUCGGUUCCAAGUCGGCGACUCCCUCGUUUGGAAGUACGACGCCGCGAAGGACUCGGUGCUGCAGGUGACCAGGGAGGCGUACUUGAGCUGCAACAGGUCGAGCCCGGUGGCGGAGCACAGGGAUGGGACGGCCGUGGUGGAGCUGCACCGCUCGGAGGCGUACUACUUCAUCAGCGGCGCGGAGGGGGCUUGCGAGCAGGGGGAGAAGCUGAUCGUGGUGGUGAUGUCGGAGCGGCACUCGCUUCGCGGCGGUCUCGCUCCGGCUCCCGGUCCGACGGAGUUCGAGGGCCCGGCGGUGGCGCCAACCAGCGGAGCUUCGACGACGGUCGUACUGAAGAGCGGAGUCGCGGCUGCUCUGCUGGUGUUGGGGAUCAUACUGUGA